GCUGCUGUGCAUAAAUCCUCGUCUAUCCUCUCAACGCCCACUCAUGUCCCGUCUUCAUGUCUCACCUUCUAGUAUAAUCCUUGCGGCGCUGGCCUUCUCGCUCGCCAUCUAUCUUUCGCACAAGACUUCAUCCAUGGAGGCGGCAGCGCCGCUGCUGCUUCGCCGUGACGAGUCGCUUUUGCUCCUUCACCCGCUGCUCCCUCCCUCUGGCACAAGGUUGUCCGAGAUGGAGCGCUUCAUCGCGUUCGUGCUAAGCAACUUCAGCACAAUCGCUAUCUUCUCUGCGCUGGGAUGGUUGACUCUGCGAGGCUACAAUGUGUUGUCGAAGCCUUCACAGAUUCUAAUAGAUCUUCUUGGUAUUGAGGUCCCUUCGACCCCGGUGUUGGCUCUCCACGGUAUCAAGGCCGACGGAGUCAUUUUGAACUGGAAGGCACCCGACCUGCAAAAGUCGUCGGGAAUGAAGUACGCGCUUUUCGUUAAUGGCAUCAACGUCAGCGAAUUGUCUCCUCUCGAAACCUUGAUUGCCGUCACGGAUCUAAAACCGUCCACAAACUACAUCAUCCGCGUUGUCGCAAGCAACUCGCUCAACUUUUCAACACAAAGCGAGCCGAUACAUGUUCAGACGAGAAGCGCCUCUUCGCAAGACUUUUUCCGCAAGCGAGACGGCAUCGAUCACACUCCGGACGAGCCUGCCAAGGUCGAAGAAGGGGUGCCGUCGGUCCGCUCAUACAAGUUGCUUGGCGACACUUCCGCUCAACAAGCCACGCCUCCGACAGUAAAUCGAGAGCACAGCGGCAGCAUUUCUCAGCACAGGAAGAGCACGGGUGCGCGGCGGAUCUCAGCGGCUGCAAAUCAAGAGCCGGGUCAUGCCGCACAAGAGGCGGACGAGGGUGAGGAGACGGUACGUGAGCUGACCGCCAAGCUGGACAAGCUGAACCAAGAGAUCGAAGCUGCAAAAGAGGACAUCACAAGGGAGGACGAGGAGUUUCAGGAUCAGCAAGGGGCUUUGAAUCUAUCGAGGAGCGAGCUCAAACAAGCCGUCACAGACAAGGAAGGCGCGUCGAAGGCGCUGAAAAAGCAAGUCGCAGACCUUUCAGGCCAGAAUAGCUCCGCGCAAUCUAAGCGCCAGGCAGCAGAGAGGCGUCUGCAGGCAAAGCAAGACGAGCGCCAGAAGCUUCGCGAUGACAUCAAGAAAUGGGAGAGCGAGAUGGUCACGCUCCGUGCCGAUGCCGCGCAACUGCUGGAGAAGAAGGUGCUUGCGCGACAGGAGGCGGACAACGAGCUCGAGCGGCUGCGGAAAGAGCUGGCCGACCAGACGGCCGCGAAUAAGGCGAUGGAGGAGGAGGUGAGGAAGGCGCGUAGCGAGGUCAAGCAAUUGCAGAAUCAGAGGGACCGCCUGGAUCAGGAAGUUGCCGACGAUAUUCGCGCACCGGCACCGACGAGACAAGGCAGCGAUGCGGAAUGGGCGGUGCGCUUGCAGCAGUUGCAGAACUACUACACUCGUGCGCACCAGCAGCUCGAAGCCGCUCGCCACUUCGCCAUGCACGCGCAACUUCGCCAGCAAGAAUGGGAACGGAAAAGGGAGGCUGAACCGCAUCUAUUUAUACCUAUCAACGUGCCCAGCAUGGACUUCGCGCCCCCUCGCCGCCGCGACAGCAAUCGCAGAUCGCGCACCAUGAGCCUACGCAACACAGAGCUAAACCCGCAGAGCUCGCCAUUUGAGAUGUCCAGCCCCCCGCCGUAUAGCGCUGCCGUGUCGAGCAUAUCUCCAGCAUUUGCCUCUGUGUCCCCCUUCUUUAACAUGAUGAACGGCGCUCCGAUGGCCCAUGACAUUACCGCUGGCAUGACCCAGGAACAGGUCGACCAGCUCACCGGUGGAGGCCCUACGAGCCCCUCAAUCGCGGGUGCUCUGCUUCCAUCCGGAUUACUGGGCGACGAUGAACCUUCUAGGCUUAACAGCGUGGCCUCUGCUAGUUCGAGAGAUUCACCCAUGGCAUCCCAUGCGCUACCAGGGCUGGGUGCACCCCAAACCCUAGAGCAUGUCAACAAAGAUCCUGCUUCGCCUGAUUCAAAUCCAAGUCGUUCACCAAGUGUCUUUGCCAGCCCUAGAGAAAGCUCGACACAUCUUCCGUUCAACUUCAAUUCUGAGCACGUGUUUGAUAGCGACAGACGUUCGGUGAGGUCAAACACCAGUUCGAUGAGACCAGCAAGCACCAUGAUUGGAAAUACAACCACAAAGUUUGCGCAUAUAUUUGGCUUCAACCGGCAAAGAGGAAAGACUACAUCCGAUGAGGGCCCUCCCUUAGGAACUUUGAAGCAUUCUGAAAGCCAGUCAUUCCCUCGACAAGAUCUUGCUGACAUUGGUAGCGCGGCUACCCGACGCCGUGGCAGUCACUCAGGUGGCACCUGGAGAGACCAGCUGCAAAACACGUUCUCGAGAAGCGCUAAUAAGGAAUCCGUGGGCGAGUCCCUCCCCGCACCACGGAAGCGUUUCGGCAUCUUUGGACCGAAGAUUGAGGACUCGCCGAGCUCGCCUCGACCGGGCUCGACGGCUUCUUCUGAGCACCAACUGCCGAAACCUUCUGCUGAUGGCUCAUCCCGUUUUGGAUGGGGCGCUCCCGGUGAUCCAUUUGGUCCACGAAAUAUUGGUGCUGAAUGGGGGCUGGCAGCCGCGAGCUCAUGGUCACGUCACCCUUCACGACGGCCAUCUGUUCAUGGUUCAGCUCAUGGCUUUGUAGUGGAUGAUUCGCUUCCAGAUCCAGAUCCAAACUUAGCACCUCCUAGACGACGCGAAGCAAAGCUCGCACCAAUCGGUACGCGACCAGCGUCUCAAGUAUCGACCAACUCAGCCGACAAGACAAAGCUGAAUCCCAAUGCACCGAGCUUCAAAAUUUCCAUCUUUAAUCGGGAGAAGAAGCCGGGCGAUGAAGCUGGCGACAGCGUAGAGAAGCCCAAAAAGGGCAAAAAUAAGAAGGAGCCCCCCAAAGAGAAGGAUUCACGAAGCGCGAGCCCAACCUUGCUCGAGCCAUCGUCGCCUAAUCCUCCGUCUUCUCAUGAUGCGAACGACCUGUCUCCACCUGAUGGUCGUUUCUCCAAGGAUGGGGCCCCUUCGAUCUCGACUUUUGACACCGCUUCUGAGCCACGAACCUCGCUAGAACGCACGCCGUCUCGUGCGAGCGAAAUGACACCGAAAGAGACUUUCAUGCAGAAACUCAGUCGCAAGUCGUCCGCAACUAUGUUCCAAUUUCCUAGCUUCACGAAGGAAGGCAAGUCUCGCUUUUCAGCUAAAAAGGGCCCUGCACUGGCAUCGACGUCAGCCGAGUUGAUUGGCGGAACACCAGACGAGACCGACGAGGAGGGUAAGACCGCCAGUGGCUUGAGUCCCUUGAUUGGCACAACUAGCGCUGGGAAGGAGGCGAAAAAGGAACCGUUCAGCUUUCGUAGGAGUUUGACGGGCCGCAGGAAGGGAGAUAAAGCACCCAGCAUGCAGGAGAGCGAGCGGGAUGAGGACGAGGUUGAGAUAGAAGAGGAAGUUGGUCCUGGAGUUCCCGCUAUGACCUCCGCUCAGUAAGGAGUAAUAGUUCUUACUGCACGGCUAUAAAUAGUGAUGAAAUAUACACAUGUUUGUUUAUUCCUAAUGGGAAUGUAGAUGAUUAGGCACGUCCACAUGUUCAUUCCUAGCUUUAUGCUCUGAAGCCUUGUCAGAAUUGAGGUCGAAUAA